UGCAACGAAGUUUUCCAGCAGCGGCGUUUCUGAAAACUGUACUUUAGUUGCACAGUGACGCCGCCGCAAAUAUACGUUUAUCUGUUGAUUUACGGUGUUAAAAGUCAUCCUUUUCGCGUAAACUAAAACCAUCGUCGUCUAAAUGAAAAUCGAAAGUCAAGCCUUCUAAAUGCUCUCGUAUGUUUGACCAAAGAGCCCCUCUUUAUGGCCAUCCAAAGGUUGGACAUGGUACUCGGUUAUUAGUUGACAUUUUACUGCAUCGUUUGACAAAACCCCUCUGCGUUUGGUCUUGUAAGUAAACUGACGGUGAAACAGAUAUCUGCAGCGUCACAGUACUCUGAUACGACAUAGUACUUUUAAUAGCUGAUUGUACUGCCUCGUUUCUACAAAGCCUGUGUUGCCUGUAGUACUGUUAGUAUUUCGAUGCUGGAAGAUAGUUUAGCUUCAGGUUACCCUGACAUAGUGCUUUAUUAAAUGUCGAUAAGUUUACUUUGGUGCGUUGUUUAACAAAGCCUCUGCGUCCAGUACCGAAGAGAGAGAAAGAACUGAUGCUGAAUCGGUUAAGACUGUGAUCUCAGACUGCCUUGACAUGGUCCAGUAGCUGAAUACGCUGCUUCGUUUGACAAAGCCUCCGUUCGUUCGUUUCUGUAAGUAAUGUUUUUGAUGGUUAAUCGGAUGCGAGUGUAGCUACAGAUUACUUUGACAUUAGAAUAGUUGAUUUUACUGCUUGGUGUGACAAAGCAUCUGUGGCGUUAAAUACAGCGAGUCAUUUAAAAAAAUAAAUUAUUUCUUUUUAUUUUUUUAUGGUGAAUCAGACAAGACGCGGACGCUCCAUCAAUCUAGUUGUCAUCCGUCAUUAGAGUUCGAGUUCGGGUGAAAUCGGACAAUUUUUGUUUGGCUGUAAAAACAAAAACAAGAAAAAAGACAUACUUGAUUGAUUCUAGAGCAAAAUGCCCAUUAGACGUUUCGGGGCUCACAGGUCUCUUGUAUCUCAACCCCCAACUCCAAGGCUGUCUUACGGUUACUCGAAGAUGAACGUUUCUAAAAGUGGUUAUCGAGUCUUCUCUGCCAACUCCACCGCCGCCAGCAUGGAGCUGGCCAAGAGGAUCACAGAGCUCUUGGAUGUUGAGUUGGGAAAGUCAGUUGUUUAUCAAGAGUCAAACAGAGAGACGAGAGUGGACGUGAAGGAGUCUGUCCGCGGUCAAGAUGUCUUUAUCAUCCAGACCAUUCCUAGAGAUGUUAACACGGCCAUCAUGGAGCUGCUGGUUAUGGCAUAUGCCCUGAAGACCUCCUGUGCAAAGAACAUCAUAGGAGUCAUCCCCUACUUCCCUUACAGCAAGCAGUGCAAGAUGAGGAAGAGGGGCUCCAUAGUCUGCAAGCUGCUGGCUGCCAUGCUGGCUAAAGCUGGUCUAACUCACAUCAUCACCAUGGACCUCCACCAGAAGGAGAUCCAGGGCUUCUUCAGCUUUCCUGUAGACAACCUGAGGGCCUCGCCCUUCCUCAUCCAGUACAUCCAGGAGGAGAUCCCAGACUACAGGAAUGCUAUAAUUGUUGCAAAGUCUCCAUCAGCUGCUAAGAGGGCCCAGUCCUAUGCUGAGAGGCUAAGGCUAGGACUAGCUGUGAUCCAUGGAGAGGCCCAGCAUUCAGAGUCAGACAUGGCCGACGGUAGACACUCACCCCCAUCUGGCCGCCCCAUCACAGGACACACUGGUCUUGAGCUACCAUUAAUGAUGGCGAAGGAGAAGCCGCCCAUCACUGUUGUUGGGGACGUAGGAGGCAGGAUUGCCAUCAUUGUUGACGACAUUAUAGAUGAUGUGGAGGACUUCGUUGCAGCGGCGGAGAUCCUGAAAGAGAGAGGAGCCUAUAAGAUCUAUGUCAUGGCCACCCACGGCCUGCUGUCUGCUGAGGCACCGCGACUGAUCGAGGAAUCUGCCAUUGACGAGGUGGUCGUGACAAACACUGUCCCUCAUGAGGUGCAGAAGCUCCAGUGUCCCAAGAUCAAGACCGUCGACGUCAGUUUAAUUCUGGCCGAGGCCAUCCGGCGCAUCCACAACGGAGAGUCCAUGGCCUAUCUGUUCCGCAAUAUCGCUGUGGAUGACUGAGGCAACACACACACACACACACACACACACACACACACACACACACACACACACACACACACACACAUACACACUCUUAAGGACCAAGAAUCCAACACAUACCAUCGCCGUUACUUUUACUUCUACUACUUUGAUAAAGUUGUAUCUGCUUCGCCAGUCAACUCUAUGACACGAGUCACAUGUUAAUUAUUGUAUGUUACGUCUGGAAAGAGUCGUUUCCUUUUUUACAUCCAGGAGGGUGACUAGAACACCACAUUACAUAUUGUAUGCAAUGUCUUCGUAUACUACCUAUCAAUAUUUAGCUAAUAAAACUUUU